UCUCUAGCUCUCCUAGCUACUCAUUUUCUUCUCGUUUUCGGCGUCCUCCUCCUUCUCCUCCGUGUCGUAAAGGAAACGCGAUAAAGAGACCAGGCCAUCUCUGUGGAUUGGCUUGGUUUGUUUUGAUAUUUUGCGCUUCGAUCUUCUCUAACCAAGCUUCUUAAAAAAUGGCCGAUGCUGAGGAUAUUCAGCCCCUUGUCUGUGACAAUGGAACUGGAAUGGUGAAGGCUGGGUUUGCCGGUGAUGAUGCUCCCAGGGCAGUGUUUCCUAGUAUUGUUGGAAGACCCAGACACACUGGUGUAAUGGUUGGGAUGGGUCAGAAGGAUGCCUAUGUUGGAGAUGAAGCACAAUCUAAAAGAGGUAUUCUGACUUUGAAAUACCCAAUUGAGCAUGGUAUUGUCAGCAACUGGGAUGAUAUGGAAAAGAUCUGGCAUCACACUUUCUACAAUGAGCUUCGUGUUGCCCCUGAGGAGCAUCCAGUGCUUCUCACUGAGGCCCCUCUCAACCCUAAGGCCAACAGAGAGAAGAUGACUCAAAUCAUGUUCGAGACCUUUAAUGUGCCCGCAAUGUAUGUUGCCAUCCAGGCUGUUCUUUCCUUGUAUGCCAGUGGUCGUACAACUGGUAUUGUGCUGGAUUCUGGUGAUGGUGUGAGUCACACUGUUCCAAUCUAUGAAGGGUAUGCUCUUCCACAUGCCAUUCUUCGUCUGGACCUUGCUGGUCGGGAUCUCACUGAUGCAUUGAUGAAGAUCCUCACUGAGAGAGGGUACAUGUUCACCACCACUGCUGAACGGGAAAUUGUCCGUGACAUGAAGGAGAAGCUUGCAUAUGUUGCCCUUGACUAUGAACAGGAACUUGAGACUGCCAAAAGCAGCUCCUCUGUUGAGAAGAACUAUGAGCUUCCUGAUGGUCAGGUCAUCACCAUUGGAGCUGAAAGAUUCCGUUGUCCAGAAGUUCUGUUCCAGCCAUCCCUCAUUGGAAUGGAAGCUGCAGGCAUCCAUGAGACCACUUACAACUCUAUCAUGAAGUGUGAUGUGGAUAUCAGGAAGGACCUUUAUGGUAACAUUGUGCUCAGUGGUGGUUCCACUAUGUUCCCUGGCAUUGCAGACCGUAUGAGCAAGGAAAUUACUGCUCUUGCUCCAAGCAGUAUGAAGAUUAAGGUGGUGGCACCACCAGAGAGAAAGUACAGUGUCUGGAUUGGAGGGUCUAUCCUUGCAUCCCUCAGCACCUUCCAGCAGAUGUGGAUUUCCAAGGGUGAAUACGAUGAAUCUGGUCCAUCCAUUGUCCACAGGAAGUGCUUCUAAGUCCUACAAGUGCUUUGACGGCGAUUUACAUUUUGAAUUUAGUUGGCUUUUUUCGUGUCAAGGUGUCAUGUGAACUCACAGUAUGGUUGAUGUGGAGCAUGUUGAGAUUGGGUUAUUGAAAGAUGAUUAUAUUCUGAACUUGAUGUAUCAAAUAGCUUUCCAUCUGUUGCAAUUCAUGUUAUAUGGCUGCUAGGGAGAGGCUGUAAUUUUAAUGGUCCCUCUGGAUGUGGUGGGCAGACACUUUGGUGCUCAAAGUCAUUGGUGUCCUCAAUCUUUGUGUUUCAACCAUGUCUUGUAGUAGGAUGCUUGUAGCUGGAGGGUGAUUGUGAUGCUUCUUUUUUUUUCCCAUUUUUUUUCCUUGUUCCAAUAUCUGAAGGUUUUUUUUUUUUCUGGAACAUUAAUGUUAAUAGUUAUUUGUAUGAGAAAAUUUUAUCUAGUGUCAGUUUGCGGUCAUAAAGCUUAAUGGAACUUAUGUCUACUUUGUUUGAA